UCCCUGCUCUUUUCAACAACCUGGUCUUUUUGCAACCAUGCUGCUUCGGACCGUGGUCCUGGUCCUCCUGUGUGCAUCUGUGGGGAUGAGUGCAACCAUCAGGCAGUACCAGACUGAGACACAAGUGACAGAAGCUGCUGCUGCUGCUGAUGAUGAUGUUGUAGCAGAUCUUCCUGGUAUUGUGGACUACCUUGGGGCAAACGGAAUGGAUGUGAGCCAAAAUGCAUCCAAAGGCCAGGAAAUUGCUGCAACCAAAGCUGCAGCCAGUAGGGAAGAUACGGAUAAAAUACUUGCAGCUGAUAAACCUGAAGUGAAAAAUGUUUCUGCUGAUGCAGAAUCCAGAAGUGAGGAAAGUGUCUCUUCUUCUGCGGAGGAGGAGAAUGAGAUCAGGGCGAGCCAGACAGACCAAUCCCUGCCAACGCAGACGGCAAGUGAUGAUGAUUCCAACUGGAGCAUCAACUCAAUCAGAGAGCAAUUCCGGACCAUCCAUGGAUACUUGGACUCUCUGGUGGAGCUGGUAGGGGGGCACAAUGGCAUGUGUCAGUACCGCUGCAGAUACGGAAAAGCUCCUCAGCCUCGCGCCGGCUACCAGCUCCCUGAGCCCAACGGCUGCAGCUCAUCUCUGGUGGGAUUGCAGCUGGACUUGGGGAUCCCUGCUAUGACAAAGUGCUGCGACCAGCUGGACGUCUGCUACGACACUUGCGGUAUGAGCAAGUACGACUGUGACACCUUGUUCCGGGGGUGCCUCUAUGACAUCUGCACGGACAUUAAGAAGAGUCUGGGCUUUGUGUCCAAAGUCCAAACCUGCGAGUCGCUGGCAGACGCACUGUACAGUACAGUGUGGACACUCGGCUGCAGACCCUACAUGAACAGCCAGAGGGCAGCGUGUCUCUGCGAGGAAGAGGAUAGGGAUGAACUGUGACACAAGACACCUUGGGGAGAGUCUCCCUCACCAGUAACUAAGCCAAGGGUAUUUCUGCAGAUCAUGCAGCAUAUUUAUUACAAAUGUCAGAGGAAACACUUCACAGGAGACCUCUGCAGAGUCAGAGGACAAAAAUGCAAAUGAGGACUUUUGCAUCAUUUGCAUCAUUCUUUUUCUCCUCUCAUGCAGCAUGAACAAAUAUUUCAGAUCUGUAAUUAAUUGUUAAUGCAUAUUCAUCUCUCUGUACGCCGUCUCAUUCUUGUGUCAUUUUUAAGCCUCUGUGAUUCUACUGCCGGAAUUUACAGGGAUGACUCUAAACUGUCUGAUAGAGAGGAUUUUGUCGUUGGAUUAAUUGCCCUGAGAUAAAAAAAAAAAGACAAGAUGAUUGCUUCUGUGCUUCUAUUUCACAUUUAUUUUCAAAGUCAUUUGACAUCUGAAGCCAAUGUCAUGUAAAUCUGAGUCUAUAUUACAGCCGCUGCAUUAAUGAUCCAUGUAAGUUAUUUUUCUGUGAACAAUCACAUCACUAACUGCAAAUUAACCGACAUGAGUAAUAGCGUAUUAUCGGUCAGAGAAGCGUCAUUUCUGAGCACAUCACACUGAACGUGUGACACCUCCCCAACCAUCAGUUAUACCGAGCAAACGACUCCCAAUGAUUCUAGGACUGUACAUUUUUUUCCAAGUCAGUGCACAUAUGAAAUAUAAAACACUUUUGUGAAUCUACUAAAUCUUUAACCCCCCCCCCAUAAUCAAACCUGAAAAGUGUCUUAAGCUGUGACCUAGAAAAGCAUCCUUCACACUGUACUUGUUACAAAUGUACUGCAUCCCCGCUGAAUGAUUCCUAAUAGAAAUGUCAUUCACUUUAAACCGUGCUGCCAGCCAACGCCAUGGCCAUGCACAGACGUGUGAAUUAAACGGAGUUGCAGAAGGUUGACUGACAGUGGAAGUCGUGUAGGAUUAAAUAGUGGGUGUCUGAGCAUGAACUGCGUGUGCAUUCAUCAGACUAUCAAAGUGAUGAAACAUUUACACUUUGUAUUUACUGCCAAGCAAGAGCAAUAGGAGAUUUCUGACGGCCACCAAGGAUUGACCAGGACUCAAAAUAAAAGAUAUGUGAUUCACAUUGUGACCAGGACUUUACCUGGAUCUGG